AUGCGUACCUUCAGCUUCCUCGCCGCCGCGGCCCUCGUGUCCCAGGCCACCGCCCACUACGUCUUCCCCACCCUGAUCGUCAACGGCGAGCAGACCGAGCGCUACGAGUUCGUCCGCGAGGCCAAGAACUCCAACUCCCCCGUCGAGGACGUCACCUCCGAGGGCAUUGUCUGCAACAAGGGCGGUAACGACGACGACGUCCUGGCCAAGACCAAGACCAAGGCCGUCAACGCCGGCGACGAGGUCGGCUUCAUCGUCGAGAACGACAUGGGCCACCCCGGCCCCCUGGCCGUCUACAUGUCCAAGGCGCCCGACUCCGUCUCCUCGUACAAGGGCGACGGCGACUGGUUCAAGAUCUACGAGCUCACCACCUCCGACAUCACCGACGCCGGCCUCCAGUGGGCCACCUACGUGAACAACGCCGGUAUCCACAACUUCACCUUCAGCAUCCCCAAGGAGGUCCCUACCGGCGAGUACCUGCUCCGUGCCGAGCACGUCGGUCUCCACGGCGCCGGCUCCAAGGGCGGUGCCCAGUUCUACAUUGCUUGCGCUCAGCUUUCCGUCACUGGUGCUUCUUCCGGCACUCCCGAGCCCACCGUCAAGUUCCCCGGAGCCUACACCGGAGAGGAGCCCGGUCUGCUGAUCAACAUCUACUACCCUGCCCCCAAGAACUACACCGCUCCUGGACCCUCCGUCUGGCCUGAUGCCGCUUGCAUCGAUCACACUGCCAACCUCCUGGGACAGACCUCUGACGGAGACUGCACUGGAUCCGACGGAACCGGCGCCACUCCCACCACCCCGUCCACCCCGACCGCCUCCGCCGGCAUCCCCGACUACAACGGCGGCAACAGCACCACCACCCCGACCGAGGCCGCCCAGCCCUCCCAGGCUGCCGCCGGUGACGACUGCGAGAACUCCGCUGCUCGCCGCCGUGCUCGCUCCAUGCGCCGCCGCCUUGCUCGCGCCGCCUACUAA